AUGGCCACGAUUCGAGUACACGAGGAUCAAGAAAAUCGUAUCAACGAUGUUCGUCGCGGCAAAGAAAAUAUUACCGUGCCCAUUCAAAAUCAAACAUUGCAACUAACAAAACGUGCAGUUUUAGGCGUUCUUCACAAUAAUUGUAAUCGUAAUACGAAAUCAGAAAUCUACAAAGAUGAAAAGUAUCCAAAAACAAAAACAGUUAUACCCACACAGUUUGAACCUUUCAAAAUUUAUGAAGGAAAAAAGGAAGAGGUUAUAUUUAAAAUCUAUGAAGAUAAGUUAGAAGAGGAAACUUCUGUUGCACUUAGAGAUACAAAAGAUAAAAAAGAAAUUAAAGAAAAGGAAGAUGUUAAAUCAGAAAGAGAGAAACCAAGGUUACAAGUGAAUCCUAUAAAUGUCUCAAAUUUACCAACAUUUUGUAAUACUAUGCAAGAUAUAAAUCAAAAGAAAGAAAUUGAAAUAAUUUUUUCACAAGGCAGUCCAAUGUCUUUAGAAAAACCAACAUUUCAUUCAUCUUCAUCAAAGAAAAAUCUUCAGAAACGAAGGGAAUCUAUAAAAGAAUUGAGAAUGAACUUUUUUGAUGUAGAUGAAUAUAGAGCUGAUGUAUAUAAUUAUCUACGAGCUGCAGAGAAACACCAUAGACCAAAACCAGGGUAUAUGAAGAAACAACCUGAUAUAACAUAUUCAAUGAGAUCAAUAUUAGUGGACUGGCUUGUGGAAGUUGCUGAAGAAUAUCGGUUACAGACUGAGACACUCUAUUUAGCUGUUUCAUAUAUAGACCGCUUUUUAUCAUAUAUGAGUGUUGUAAGAGAAAAACUACAACUUGUAGGAACAGCAGCUAUGUUUAUUGCUGCGAAAUAUGAAGAGAUCUAUCCACCUGAUGUAGGCGAAUUUGUAUAUAUCACAGAUGAUACAUAUACAAAAAAGCAGGUACUACGUAUGGAGCAUUUAAUAUUGAGGGUUUUGUCUUUUGAUCUAACUGUACCCACACCACUUACUUUUCUUAUGGAAUAUUGUAUUAGUAAUAAUCUUUCUGAAAAAAUUAAAUUUUUAGCAAUGUAUCUCUGUGAAUUAUCACUGCUUGAAGGGGAUCCAUAUUUACAGUUUUUACCUAGUCAUUUAGCUGCAUCUGCAAUAGCACUUGCACGACAUACAUUAUUAGAAGAGAUGUGGCCACAUGAAUUAGAAUUAUCAACUGGAUAUAGCUUAAAAGAUCUUAAAGAAUGCAUUAUGUGUUUAAAUAAGACCUUCUGUAAUGCAUUAAAUAUUCAACAACAAGCCAUACAAGAAAGAUACAAAAGCAGCAAAUAUGGACAUGUAGCAUUAUUAUUACCACGACGUAUUGAUUAUGUAACACUGACCUCUGAAGAUGAAGAAGAAAACGCUUAGUAUUUAACAGGCAUUGUGCAGAAAUAGAAGAAUCUAAAAAUUUAUACAUAUUUGGAGAUAACGAACCUCCCAUUAUAAAUCCCAUGUUUUGAAAGAUAAGGAGGGGAUUAGGGCAAGACUGAGCUAUUGUUUCACAAAUGAAAUGUACGAGUUACUUCUAUUAGCAUGUUUGAUCACUAUGUUUAGCCUAGGCAAACAUAUUGACUUUAUCUUUCAUAUUUCACCACCACCUAUACUUAUUAUAGGUUGUAGGUAAAUUUUAAUAACUGUUUUUAGAGCUCCGUCAUUAUAUUAACGAAUGAAGCUCUAAAUUAUGUUAUUUAGGAAUUGUA